AUGGUUGUUACGAAUGUAGGCGCCUUUGUAACCAGCGCUGAAGGUGUACCAAAUACCGAACUACUGUGUCCAGAGAAAGAUGGAGUUGCCGAAGACCGCAGCUCUAAACGGGAUGCCGGACUGUUCGGUUGUCUAUUCACUGACGAUGUCCCUACGGAGACAGCAAAAACAGAACGGGAUACCGUAAAAGAUGCGUCAUAUACCAAACUACCGUGUCCGGAAAAAGGCGGAGUUGCCGAAGACCGCAGCUCUAAAAGGGAUGCCGAACUGUUCGGUUGUCUAUUCACUGACGAUGUCCCUACGGAGACAGCAAAAACAGAACGGGAUACCGUAAAAGAUGCGUCAUAUACCAAACUACCGUGUCCGGAAAAAGGCGGAGUUGCCGAAGACCGCAGCUCUAAAAGGGAUGCCGAAAUGUUCGGUUGUCUAUUCACUGACGAUGUCCCUACGGAGACAGCAAAAACAGAACGGGAUACCGUACAGAACAUGCCAAACACUGAACUACUGUGUCGAGAAAAAGAUAGGAAAACACAAUCGCUCCUAACGCGUACCCCUGAAUCCUGA